AUGUCUUACCAGCAGCAGCAGUGCAAGCAGCCCUGCCAGCUACCUCCUGUGUGCCCACCUAAGUGCCCAGAGCCAUGCCCACCCCCAAAGUGCGUGGAGCCAUGCCCACCCCCAAAGUGCAUAGUGCCGUGCCCACCUCAGUCAUGCCAGCAGCAAUGCCCUCCUGUGCAGCCUCCUCCACCUUGCCAGCAGAAGUGCCCACCUAAGUGCAAGUAA